AUCUCCCACAUCAAGACUUCACGAAGCCUCCACAUCAUGUGCCACAUCCCGGUCUUCUGCUGGAUCACUGCUACAGUUCUGGAGGAUGUGUUGAAAACCAGAGAGGGAGGAGGGCUGCCCAAGACCCUGACUGAGAUGUACAUCCACUUCCUGGUGGUUCAGUCCAAACUGAAGAAUGUUAAGUAUGAUGGAGGAGCUGAGACAGAUCCACACUGGAGUCCAGAGACCAGGAAGAUGAUUGAGUCUCUGAGAAAACUGGCUUUUGAGCAGCUGCAGAAAGGAAACCUGAUCUUCUAUGAAUCAGACCUGACAGAGUGUGGCAUUGAUAUCAGAGCAGCCUCAGUGUACUCAGGAGUGUUCACACAGGUCUUUAAAGAGGAGAGAGGACUGUACCAGGACAAGGUGUUCUGCUUCGUCCAUCUGAGUCUUCAGGAGUUUCUGGCUGCUCUUCAUGUCCAUCUGACCUUCAUCAACUCUGGAGUCAAUCUGCUGUCAGAAGAACAAUCAACCUCCAACUUGUCUAAACUGUCCAGAGACAAACCUGAUCCAACACAGCUCUACCAGAGGGCUGUUGACAAGGCCUUACAGAGUCCAAAUGGACACCUGGACUUGUUCCUCCGCUUCCUCCUGGGUCUUUCACUGCAGACCAAUCAGACUCUCCUACGAGGUCUGCUGACACAGACAGGAAGUGGCUCACAGACCAGUCAGCAGACAGCCCAGUACAUCAAGAAGAAGAUUGAAGAGACACCCUCUGCAGAGCAAAGCAUCAACCUGUUCCACUGUCUGAAUGAACUGAAUGAUCGUUCUCUAGUGGAGCAGAUCCAACAGUCCCUGAGGUCAGGACAUCUCUUCAGACGUAAACUCUCAGAGAGAAGCUGUGGAGCUCUGUCCUCAGUUCUUAGCUCCCAGUCCUCUAGUCUGAGACACCUGGACCUGAGUGACAACAACCUGCAGGAUUCAGGGGUGAAGCUGCUGUGUGGCUCUCUCGAGAGUCCACACUGUAGACUGGAGACUCUGAGAUUGAGUUACUGCAGUUUGUCAGAGAUCAGCUGUGCUUCUCUGGCCUCAGCUCUGAAGUCCAACCCCUCCCAUCUGAGACACCUGGACCUGAGUAACAACAACAAGCUGCAGGAUUCAGGAGUGAAGCUGCUGUGUGGUUUUCUGGAGAGUCCACAUUGUAGACUGGAGACUCUGAGAUUGAGUUCCUGCAGUUUGUCAGAGAUCAGCUGUGCUUCUCUGGCCUCAGCUCUGAAGUCCAACCCCUCCCAUCUGAGAGACCUGGACCUGAGGAACAACAAGCUGCAGGAUUCAGGAGUGAAGCUGCUGUGUGGUUUUCUGGAGAGUCCACACUGUAGACUGGAGACUCUGAGACUGAGCAGCUGUAACCUCUCAGAGAGAAGCUGUGAAGCUCUAUCCUCAGUUCUCAGCUCCCAGUCCUCUAGUCUGAGACACCUGGACCUGAGUAACAAUGACCUGCAGGGUUCAGGAGUGAAGCUUCUGUCUGCUGGACUGAAGAGUCCACACUGUACCCUGGGGACUCUCAGGCUGUCAGGAUGUCUGAUCACAGAGGAAGGCUGUGCUUCUCUGGCCUCAGCUCUGAGCUCCAACCCCUCCCAUCUGAGAGAGCUGGACCUGAGCUACAAUCAUCCAGGAGACUCAGGAGUGAAGCUGCUGUCUGCUGGACUGAAGGAUCCACACUGGAGACUGGACCUCACCAUCGACACAAACACAGUAAACAGAAACCUCAAACUGUCUGACAACAACAGGAAGGUGACACAUGUGAAGGAGGAUCAGUCAUAUCCUGAUCAUCCAGACACAUUUGACCAGUGGCCUCAGCUGCUGUGUAGUAAUGGUCUGACUGGUCGCUGUUACUGGGAGGCCAAGUGGAGAGGAGGAGUUGAUAUAUCAGUGAGUUACAGAGGAAUCAGAAGGAAAGGAGACAGAGAAAACUGUUUGUUUGGAAAGAACGAUCAGUCUUGGAGUCUGAUCUGCUGUAAUGGUUGUUACUCUGUUUUGCACAAUAACAGAGAGACACCUGUCUUCUCCUCCUCUUCAUCAUCUUCCUCUGUCUCUCACAGAGUAGCAGUGUAUGUGGACUGUCCUGCUGGCUCUCUGUCCUUCUACAGAGUCUCCUCAGACUCACUGAUCCACCUCUACACCUUCAACACCACAUUCACUGAACCUCUGUAUCCUGGGUUUGGGUCCUGGUCGUCUGGUUCCUCAGUGUCUCUGUUCCACAACUCCUCCUUCAGGUCAGGUGAUAGGGCAUGGUACAGAGCUGCUAGAACUGACCUGAAGAGGGGGAUCAAAGAAGGAAAGGUGGACUACAAGAGGAAAAUAGAGGACCACCUCUCUGCAAAUAACCCACGGCAGGUGUGGCAGGGCAUACAGAACCUGAUGAACUACAGGGGGUGUGGGGUGACCACUGCAGAAACAAGUGUCUCACUAGCAGAACAACUUAACAGCUUUUUUGCUCCCUUUGAGACGACUGCAGGGACCACAGCUCCAUCAUCUCACCCCCCACCACCCCCCCACAGUGAUCCACUGACUGUACAGGAAUAUGAGGUGAGACAGGUGCUCAUGACCCUGAAUCCCAACAAGGCUGCAGGUCCAGAUAAAGUAGCUGGGAAGGUGCUCUAUAGGUCUCAGCUGGCACCGGUCUUCACCACCAUUUUCAACCUGUCCCUGUCACAGAGCAGCAUCCCUGCCUGCCUAAAGUCAGCCACCAUCAUCCCUGUCCCCAAGAAAUCAGCCCUAGACAGCCUCAGUGACUACCACCCGGUGGCACUCAAUCCCAUCAUCAUGAAGUGCAAGACACUGAGCAAAGCUUUAUAA